UGCACACAUGCCGACAUGCUGUCCAGGUACAUCGCCGCGCCCCGCUAUCCCGUCCGGCUACAUCAACGGGCGGUCGACCGCAGAGAAUAACCAUCGCUUGAGUAGGACCGUCCGAUCGCCCCUCCCGAAUCCGGUCGUCGAUACCGCGGAGAAGCGUACAGCCACUCCCCGCUUGCUCCCCACAUCCUCGUCGGCUCGUCGCGCGUCCCCACCGGCCUCCGCCUCCGCUUCGGCUCCUCCUGCUCCUCUCCCGCCGGACUCCGGCAGCGGCGCCUUCCCCGAUCCAGCUCCCAGCCUCAGCUGCCCAGCCAUUUCCACCGCGUGCCGCGCAACCGUGGUCUCCCACCUGCCACCUGCCUUCGCAGCUGUGGCCACUGGCCGAUGUUCGCCUGAUUUGCCCCGCGCAGCGGUAUCCUCGAAUCCAAUGGAGAAGUCGUCGUUCGCGUCGGCGAGCUCGGGCGAGCUCACCGCCGCCGUUUACGGAGCAGGGAGGCCGGUGAGGGUGAUACCGCUGCGCCACCCACUGGAUGCGGCUGUGCGGGAGGCGGCCGCCUCCUCCUCCCCGUCACCGUUGUCGGCGGCGAUGGAGAGGGCGCGGGCGAUGGGGCCGUGGGAGUGGGCGGAGGCGGCUCUCCCGUGCUUGGCGUGGAUGCGGAGCUACAGAUGGAAGGACUUCCAGGCCGACCUCGCCGCCGGCAUCACUGUCGGCGUCAUGCUUGUGCCUCAGGCAAUGUCAUAUGCAAAGCUCGCUGGGCUUCACCCAAUUUAUGGGCUCUACACAGGCUUUGUCCCACUAUUUGUCUACGCGAUUUUUGGGUCCUCACGACAAUUAGCAGUAGGCCCAGUGGCACUUGUUUCUCUGCUAGUGUCCAAUGUUCUUGGGGGUAUAGUUAAUUCAUCUAGUGAGUUCUACACGGAGUUAGCCAUAUUAUUGGCAUUCAUGGUUGGAAUAUUGGAAUGCUUGAUGGGAUUGCUAAGACUCGGCUGGCUUAUUCGUUUCAUUAGCCAUUCUGUAAUAUCUGGAUUCACUACAGCUUCGGCCAUCGUAAUUGGUUUGUCCCAAAUCAAGUAUUUCUUGGGUUAUAGCGUUACAAGAAGCAGCAAAAUUAUACCACUUGUUGAGAGUAUAAUUGCUGGAAUAGAUCAGGUGGAAUUUCUUUGUCCGUGUAAACUUAUUGUUACCUCCUUGUCAACCUUCUUUUUCCUGCCUUCCUUUAGAUGCACACUGCUUAGACAAAGCAUGUUAAAUUGGCAGGUGUUAUAAUACGCAGA